UUCAUUUUGCGGAUUCAGACUACACUUUGGGGUCCACAAAGCUUCACCGCCUCAAACGGGAUGCUGUUCCGAGCGUAUUUUCAGGAUACCCAACCUACAUGCACCCGCAAAAACCACCAAAACGGCGUAAAUUGGAGCGAAAGGUACAGGACUUCCCUUCAGACAAAAAAAAAGGCAUCAAGUUUAUCAAGUUGCCAUGCCAAAAUGACUGGUUCAGCCUGUGACAGUGCAACCACCCCAGGCCAUUCGUCAAAUUCUGAUGGCUUGUUGCCAUCAGUCCCUGAAGAAAAUACAGAGGCGAGUUUUCAAGGUGCGGGCCAUGACGGAGGCCAUCUGCCGCAGACUUCUGUAAGCCAUGUGUCAAUAUUUAGCCCCAAGGAGGAUCAGGUGGCUAUAGGGGCGAAAACAAGUGCACAAGAUGCAGUUGGUGAACUGCAGCGGCCUACUAACUCAGUUGAAUGUUCAGCGCAAACUUGUGAUGAAUUCCUUCCACGCAGGCAGUCAGAUGCAAGGGUAAUCAACAGAAUGAGGGUGCAAUUGUUUAGAAAAGCAGAUACUGUAAGGAGACUGCAGCGAGAAAACAGCCGCCUAAAAAAGAAGCUCAGUGGUUAUGAGAACAACACCGUCCACUCGGCAAUCAGAAAAUGCUUGGAGAAGGUUGGCACGGCCCAGUUCUGCCUAGAAGAUUGCUUAGUGGAGCAGAUCACCAAUGCAACAAGGCAACGACCCGCAUGGUCGCCAGACUUUGUGCGGGAAUGUGUACUAUUGUACUACUUGUCCCCCAAGGCGUACCGUUACAUACGCAACCGAGGCUUGCUUAAACUGCCGUCGAAAAACACCCUCCUUCGCUAUGUCGGGAAGUCGAACGGUGAAAGUGGGGUCACACCACUAAUGAAGGAACGCUUAAGGCAAGAGGUGGGCAACCUGAAAGAGCAAGCCCGGCUUUGCUCAAUUAUUGUAGAUGAGAUGUCCAUCAGCUCCAAAUACAUAUAUGAUCGCAAAAUGGAUUGCUUUUUCGGGCAACAAACGGCGAAAGAAAACAGUGGAGCAGCAGAGAACACCAGCAACAUCAUGCUUGCCAACAAGGUGCUAUGUUUUGUUGCUACAGGAUUGUCCACAGCAUACAGGAUACCUUGCGGCUUCUUCUUCAUGAACCGUCUAAGUGGCAAGCUUUUGUACCAUCUUACAAAAGAGGUAAUCUCUGAAGUUGAAAAGUGUGGUAUGUGUGUGCUCCGGAUUGUCACAGAUAACCACAAAAUUAAUGUUACGAUGAUGCGUCACCUGGGGAACGGCUCACUCAAGCCUGUUGUCACUCAUCCAUGUGACCCAGAAAGAAGCUUAUUUCUGUCAUUUGACCAGUGCCAUAUUAUAAAAAAUGUGCGAAGCCUUCUGCUUGAGGGGGAGAUGACAGACGGAAGCCAACCAAUAACGGGACAGUUUGUCAAGCAGCUGUAUGAGCUACAAAAGAACGAGGUUGUCAAACCAGUUCGCUUCCUCACGCAGAAGCACGUAGAACCAAUGAACUUUGAGAAGAUGCACGUAGGCAGAGCAGUGCAGCUGUUUUCAGACGAUGUCAUCUCGGCACUUUCCUUUUUGAAGGAAUACCCGAGUCGCCACCCUCAGGCAGAGAAGUUCAGAAAUGCAGAGGCGACAAUCUUGUUCAUGAAGAUGAUGCAAAAGUGGUUCGCCAUCCACAAUGUAGCAAACCGAACUGCGCAUGUGCACAUGAGACAGCCUGACCAGAUGCACUUCUUUUGCACGACUGACCAACGCCUACAGUGGUUGGAAAAGGACUUUCCAGACUACCUCGAGGCUCUCAACAAUGCCUGUAAAAGGAGUGGGAAGAAGUUUAUAAGCGCAGAGACUUAUGAAGCUAUUUUGCUGACGAGCAAGUCUACGGUUUUGUGUGUAAAGUUCCUUCUCGAGAGCGGUUUCUUUUAUGCUUUGACGAGGAACCUCUCAAGCGACCCUGUGGAACUCCUCUUCAGUUCUCUACGGCAAAUGGCCGGUGGCAAUGACUGCCUGGAUGCAAGAGCCAUGACGUUCAGCCUGGAGAGGAUCUUGAGGACUGGCGACCUCUGCCCAUCCCAGUCUUCAAACGUCGAGAACGGGCAGGCUGUCUUGAGCAUGCAUGGCGCUUCCAUGAGCGUGACGUCCCCUGUACUGGAUGUUCCAGCUGAAGCAACAGCACAAGCUGCCACACUUGUUUCGACUGAGACACCUCAAGUUGCCCUAGCCAGGUAUGCCGCAUCAAAUGUUUUUCAAGACUUAAUGCUUGCUUGCCUGGCUGUUCUUCUUUUCCAGCCAGCAGCCUUUUUUCUAAUACAUGUUUUGCACAUCUUUUUUAGUUGCACUGUACCUGAAGACGUUGUGAUGGAAAUCGACGGGCUGUUUACACCACUGAAAGCACUGCCUCUGCAGCGCCCACCGUCAACCAUAGUGAAUGCUAGCAUUGCUUACAUAGCCGGGUUUGUGGCAAAAGCAGUCGAGGAGCGGAGAACAUGUACCUUCUGCCCUUCCCUCCAUCAAUCAGAUGGAUCCAGUCCUGUGCUAAUGGGGCUAAUUAGCCUGAAGUCAAGGGGUGGCCUAACUUUCCCAAAGCCUGAAUUUGUCAUGGUACUUGUGACCAUUAAGAAGGCUGUUGACAUUGCCCUGCCACACAUAAAAAAGAGCAAUGUACGUCAGCAACUGGCUGAACUGAUUUUGCCUCACCUUGAAUAGUGCCCCCUUUUUGUAUGCCCGGCAAGAGAUGAGCAUGGUGCGAGCACAAUGUCAGUGGUCUUCGACAAGUUUAUUAAGCCACUCUUGUCCAAUGUCGGUGCGGCUGUGACAGACAGGGCAGCUUACCGGAAAAAAGCUUGCAUGUAAGCCACUGUACCUGAAAGUGCUGCGCGUGUAAACUUGUGCAACGCAUCAAAAACAUGGUGCAUACUAUGUGCCUCUGUUUUUGGGUUGUUUCUGUAAAUGAAGUCUUAUGUAUAAACUUGUAUGUAAGUCACUACUCUGCAAUGUGCUCCGUGAACAGAAUUGUGCAAUGAAGAAAAACAUGCUGCAAACCGUCCUUUUUUUUCUUGCUGUAAAUAAAGUAUCAUGCAUCCUGGAA